UUGGUCGCGUCUUUCGUCGCCCGCGUUCCGUCCAAACCGAAUCGCCUCAACCAGCCUCAACCAGCCUCAAUCGCCCGCUCUGAGCUCUCUCACGACUCUCACAGCUACAGCAGUCACAGCACUCGGCAGAUGCGCGGCAAACGACGCCGAGUAAACAGCUUCUUUUCUCGCGAUUGUUCCGGCGGAACGGUGUCCUCAGUGCGACGCUGUUACGAAUGACGUGCAGCGGAGACGCGGUCGUGGAUUCCUGACGAGCGCGACGGGUCGUCGUCGUCCUCGUUGUCGAAGCGCCGGUGCUUCUAUCUCGCCUUCGGUGUUUAACUUUGUGCUCCAGCAGGGAGAGAGAGAGAGAGAGAGAGAGAGAGAGAGAGAGAGAGAGAGAGGGGAGGGAGACGGAGAAGAAUCGCGACCGAGUGCGACCUUGUCCUCGACCAGCUGCCGGAGAGUCCAGCAUCACGAACGUGCAGUUGAGAAAUAAUUACCGAAAAUGAGUUGCAUGUCGCAGUGCGCCAAGUACUUUCUCUGCUUCUUCAACUUUAUUUUCUUUAUCGCCGGAGGAGCAGCAUUGACUGUCGGUAUCUGGCUUUUCGCUGACAGAACUUCCUUCACCAAUCUCAUCGCGAAACUCGAUCAAUCCGAUUUGCUGACCAAAACGGAUGCCGAUGUCAUCAAGAUGAUGGCCUACAUUCUUAUCAUCGCUGGUGCUCUCACGUUCAUUAUCAGUUUUCUUGGGUAUUGCGGCGCUAUGUUCGAGUCCAGGUGUCUCCUCUGUGUCUAUGGCAUUUUAAUCUUGGUGGUUUUGAUCCUGGAGUGUGUAGUAGUCGGCCUCGCUUUUGGACUUAAAGGAGACGUCGAGAAAGGUACGCAGGACUUCUUGAAGGAUACCAUCGCUAAGUAUUAUGCGACCACCAGCGAUAAAAUUGAUACGGUGACAGUCGCGUGGGAUGGUAUCAUGAGUAAGCUCCAUUGUUGCGGCGUAGAAAAUUAUCGAGAUUUUAGCGAAAAUAAGAACUGGACUACAAUGGUCGGAAAAAUGGUCCCUGAUGCCUGCUGUAUAAAAGAAAAUGAUGUUCUGAAGGAUUCUACAUGUCCAAUAAAUCCCACCUCGUUUAAUACGUACCAAACAGGUUGCUACAAGGCCAUAAUGACAGCCAUCGAGGAGAAUGCAGCGAUUGUAAUCGGUGUGGCCGCUACCCUAGUCUUCGUCGAGGUCCUGGUGAUUAUUCUGGCGUUGUACCUAGCCUGCUGCUAUUGGCGCCCACAACAUGCUUGUGUAGACGUAUCGUCAAGGCAGGCCUGGUGAGGUGCUGAAGUAAGGAUGAUGAUUUUGAUGGGGUUUGCUUUCAAUGUUAACUUGUUGGUGCUGCUGUUGACGAGGCAUUAAGAGCAUGGAACUGUUGAGUAGUGCCUCCUAGCACGUUGAGCCCUUAGUGCUCCUGUGCCUUGCUUGCUUGAAACUCUAGCUGCUAGCCCAAGCCUAGGCUAGCUGAGAAGUCGGCCGACAGAAACCAAUUCUUUAACGCUUGAGU